AUGCCAGAGUUGCGAAGUGGUGCUCGGAGAGCUUGCCUGAGGUCUAAGAAGUCAGACAACGUCAAGGCUGCAGACCCAGUUGGGAGCCCAGCAGUGCCACCUCCUCAGGGCAGGACUAGAAGGCGUGGAGGUGCUGUGGCUGGUAGUGGUAGAGGUAACAAGGCAGCUGCUAAGGGUAGAGGGAGACUGAUCUGCCUUGCAACAACCUCCCUGAACCUGGUUGCCGGCGAGGCAGUUAUUGGCAUAGCCCAAAAGGACCUUUGUUUGAGCAAGGCAGCUGCCCGUGCUGCCAACUUAAGAAUGGCAGGUGAUUUUGCGGACAAAUUUGCAGUGGCAGAGGAUGAUGCCACAGCCUCUCCAGUGCCUGAGAGGGUUCAAGUAGGCAAUUCCCCAGAAUAUUUAACUGGUAGAAAGUUAGGCAAAGGUGGCUUUGGCCAGGUUUAUGUUGGAAGAAGAGUAUCUGGUGGAUCUUCUCGUAUGGGUCCUGAUGCACAUGAGGUUGCACUAAAUUUUGAGCACCGAAGCAGUAAGGGAUGCAACUAUGCCCCCCCAUGCGAGUGGCACGUUUAUCACACUCUCAAUGGUUGUUAUGGCAUUCCAUCAGUCCACUACAAGGGUCACCAGGGAGAGUACUACAUUCUUGUAAUGGAUAUGCUUGGUUCCAGCCUCUGGGAUGUUUGGAAUUCUGUAGGACAAGCGGUGGCUCCUCAAAUGGCUGCUUGCAUUGCUGUUGAGGCAAUAUCAAUUCUUGAGAAACUUCAUUCAAAAGGCUUUGUACAUGGCGAUGUGAAACCAGAGAACUUUUUGCUUGGUCAGCCUGGUUCACCUGAUGAGAAGAAGCUUUUCCUGAUUGAUCUUGGUUUAGCAUCCAGAUGGAAAGAAGCAGCAUCUGAUAAGCAUGUUGAAUAUGAUCAGAGGCCUGAUAUCUUUAGGGGAACAAUUAGAUAUGCUAGUGUCCAUGCUCAUUUAGGUCGUACUGGUAGUAGGAGGGAUGAUCUGGAGUCACUGGCAUACACCCUUAUUUUUUUAAUAAGAGGAAGAUUGCCUUGGGAGAUGACAAGAGUUUUCUUGUUUAUGGUCACCAAUUUGAAAUUUGAUGAAGAGCCAAAUUACCCUAAACUUAUUUCUGUUUUUGAUGGUUUGAUUGAAGAGCCUGCUUCAAGACCCAUCAGAAUUGAUGGAGCUCUAAAGGUUGGACAGAAACGUGGAAGAGCACACGUAAACCUUGAGGUCGAAGAACAACCAAAGAAGAAAGUUAGGUUGGGGAGCCCAGCAACUCAAUGGAUUUCAGUGUAUAAUGCUAGGUGGCCCAUGAAGCAGAGAUAUCAUUAUAAUGUAGCUGAUUCAAGGCUGCACCAGCAUAUAGAAAAAGGUAAUCGAGAUGGUUUGUAUAUAAGUUCUGUGGCUUCUUCAGCAAAUUUUUGGGCUCUCAUCAUGGAUGCUGGGACUGGGUUUUGUUCUCAAGUUUAUGAGCUCUCACAAGUGUUUCUGCACAAGGAGUGGAUUACAGAGCAGUGGGAGAAGAAUUAUUACAUAACAGCAAUUGCUGGAGCAACCAAUGGAAGUUCCUUGAUUGUAAUGUCUAAAGGUCUGUAG